AUGGCAAAGAAACGUCGUUCAUCUACUACUUCCAAUCCACUUGUCAUUCCUUCAUCUCCUGCUACUUCAUCUCGCGCUACUUCAUCUCCUGCUCUUGCAAUGAAGUCAUCAUCUUUUUCAUAUCCAUCACCCAUGACACCCAAUCGACCACGUCGUUUAAAUGUACCACGUGGAGUGCAGACAAUACAACGAUCAGGUGUGGCUGCAAGUACACGUUCUCAGCUAGGUGUGUCUCAAUUACCAGUCUUAUCACCACCGCUUAAGAAAAGAAUGAUGUCACGUCGUCAUGCAAAAGCCGUGAAACUUCAGUUACCAGAUGAAGAGGAUGAGAUGAAGGUGAAAUGCUGCAAUCAUGAGACGAAACAAGAGACACAAGAAGAUGAUGAUGAUGAUGAUGAAGAAGAAGGAAAGAUCCUGGAGUUGAUUCGACCAGAUCCAUAUGUACCAGAGGCUUAUCAACGUCGAGCUCUUGUUUUAAAACAUGGAGGAAGUUAUUAUAAUGCAAUGCUCACAAGAGCACGUGUUCAUGAUAAUCAUAGCGAAUUUAUUGCACUCCAAGCGCUUGAGUUUGAUCAACACUUUUACCUCUGGACUCGAGCAGGACGAGUUGGAUGUGCAGGUAAAACAACACUCACAGGCCCAUUUUCAAGUGUUGCAAAGGUCACGCUUGAGUUUUGCACCUUGUUCUUAACCAACACAAAAUGUGAGUGGGAAGAGCGUCAUGCGCUACGAUAUCAGGAAGGAAGCUAUACGUGGAUUGAAUUGGAUUAUUCAACUGGUACUCCAUACUCGGAGUCGCUUACAAAUGCACUGAUGGAUAAUCAGGGCGAGAUGGACAAUGCAGAUAGUUUUCAAGAUUUUGAUCUCGUGCCUAGGUCGCCACCGCCGCUUCAAGCAGCGUCGUCUUCGAGUCGCAAGCGUCGUCGAGGCGCCGUGAAAAUGAAUUACUCUUCACCUAAUUCGACACUUACAACUACUACGCCAACAACAACAACAACAACAACGACAAGGGUGCAGCGAUCCCUGAGCACCCAAUUUGACUGGCUGUAUGCAAACUCGGAUGGUGAUACGGCUUGUGUAGCUUCUUCUGAGAUAUUGAUUUGUGCAUGCGCUACUGCUCCACCGUCGCGCUUGCCCAUUGAGGUACAGGACUUCUUGACUCUUAUUGUUGAUCAUACCGAGCUGUCGUACGCAUACACAGUCACCGAUGAUCUAUUGGGCGACGCUAUCAUGAAGCUACCGCUUGGGCGGCUGUCCAAAACAACUAUCAAGCGCGGAUACGAGACGUUGGAGGAAAUCUACGAAGCACUUUGUAGCCGGCAGGUGUCUCGAGCGCGAUUGACGAAUCUGAGUAGCCACUUCUUCUCUCUUAUUCCGCAUCACUCGCGUCUGGAGGUUAUCGAUACGAUGAUAAAACUUGGCAAGAAGGUGCAACUAAUGGCUGAAGUUGGUGUUAACGUACGUGGAAUGGCCCAUGAGCCAGUGGCUCGACAGUGUAGCUCAAGAAACUACUUGGAUGAGUGUUACAAUUUGCUAGAAUGCAAACUAGAACCUGUGAAGACAUCGGAUUCCGACUUUGCACUAAUUCAGACAUAUAUUCGCAACUCGAACUGCUGUGGUCGGAAGCAAGACCGGCUGGAGCUGCUUUCAGUCUUUCGCGUCGAGAAACUCGAGCAGGAGACGCGUUUUGAGCCUUUUCGCAAAUUUGCCAACCGGCGGAUUCUGUGGCACGGCAGCCACUUGGCAAACUGGUCGGGCAUCUUGUCGGAAGGGUUGCAAAUUGCACCGCCAGAGGUAGCAUCGAAUGGACGAACUUUUGGCAAAGGACUAUACUUUACAGACAAGGUGACGAAAGCGCAGGCGUAUUGCCAUUGCCGACCUACAAAUGGGCACAACCAAUGCGUCUUUGCUCUGAGUGAAGUAGCUCUGGGCAAGAGCAAGGAGAUGCUGAACUCGGACGACAACGCAAAACAGUUUGUACACACAGGAGCAGGCGGACGCGCCAAGGGAGCGUACUACCACAGCUGUAAAGGUGUUGGGUCAUGUCGUCCCGAUCCCACAGGUGAAGUCCUGGACACUCAUGGUGCUAUCUGGCCUGUAGGCAAACCAGUCCAGCCUGAAGAACGUACGGGACUACACCACAGCGAGUAUAUCAUUUACAACCCGAAUCAGACACGAAUGCGCUACGUCGUGCUGGCCAGAAGCCCUUCUUAG